AUGGAGCAGCAAGCGAACAGGGCGCAUCGCCCCGCAAAGGAGAAGAAGAAGUACGAGGGUCAGAAUCCCAAGGCUUUUGCGUUCUCGAAUCCAGGAAAGUUGAAUAAGGCGGGAGCGAGAUCUCAUGAUAUCAAAGAAAAGAGACUUCAUGUUCCCCUCGUUGAUCGCCUGCCGGAGGAGGCCCCUCCGCUUGUUGUUGCCAUUGUCGGACCGCCAGGGAGUGGAAAAACGACCCUGAUCAAGUCCUUGGUCCGUCGGUACACGAAACAGACCUUAAGCACCCCCACCGGACCGAUGACGGUGGUGACAUCCAAGAAACGCCGGCUUACGUUCCUCGAAUGCCCCUCCGACUCCCUCGCCAGCAUGGUCGACGUGGCCAAGAUCGCGGACAUCGUGCUCCUGAUGAUUGACGGAAACUACGGCUUCGAGAUGGAGACCAUGGAGUUCCUGAACGUCCUCUCCUCGCACGGUAUGCCCGGAAACGUGUUCGGCAUUCUGACCCACCUGGAUCUCUUCAAGAAGCAGAGCACCCUGCAGGCCGCCAAGAAGCGCUUGAAGCACCGCUUCUGGAGCGAGCUCUACAACGGCGCAAAGCUGUUCUACCUGUCCGGUGUCGUCAACGGCCGCUACCCGGACCGCGAAAUCCACAACUUGUCCCGCUUCCUGUCCGUCAUGAAGAACCCCAGACCCCUCAUCUGGCGUAACUCCCACCCCUACGCCCUCGCGGAUCGCUUCCUCGACAUCACCCCGCCGACUCUGAUCGAAGAGAACCCGAAAUGCGACCGCACGGUUGCGCUCUACGGAUAUCUGCGCGGCACUAAUUUCUCCGCGCAAGGCGCGCGAGUCCACGUCCCGGGUGUCGGUGAUUUGACGGUUUCUGGCAUCGAGGCCCUCCCGGAUCCGUGCCCGACUCCGCACAUGGAUCAGCAGAUCGCCAAGGCCAGUAACGGCAAGCCCAAGCGCAGACUGGGAGAGAAGCAGAAGCUGCUUUUCGCGCCCAUGUCCGACGUCGGUGGUGUCUUGGUCGACAAGGAUGCUGUGUACAUUGAUGUCAAAUCCUCCAACUUCAACCGCGGCUCGGACGAUGAGGAGGACGAUGAGGACCGCGGUCUCGGAGAACAGCUGGUGGUUGGUCUCCAGGGUGAGCGCAGGCUCCUGGGAGAGGCGGAAAGCGGUGUGCGUCUGUUCCGUGGCGGCGAAGCCAUCGCAAAGGCGGAUGACGACAACGAGGCCGCUGGACGGAAGCAGAAGCGAAGCGUCCGCUUCCUGGAUGGAGAAGACAAAGCUGCGUCAGAAGACGAAGGGUUUGAAAGUGGUGAGGAUGAGGAGGAUGAUGACGAGGAUGAGGAGAUCGGCAGCGAUGAAGAAAUUGAUGCCUCUGCCCCCGCGGACUUUGAGGCCAAUUUCAAGGAGAGGCAGAACGGCAACGUUCGCCAGAAGGAGGACGAGCUUGAGUUUGCCGACUCGGACUCGGAUCUCGGUUCCAUCUCGUCUGUCGAAGAUCAGAUCCUGGAAAGCGGCGAUGAAGAUGAAGACGAGGAUGACGACGAGGAGGAUGACGAGGACGAGGAGGGUGAGGUUCGCUGGAAGGAGAACAUGCUUGCCAACGCCAAGGCCCUUCACUCGAAACGCCCCAAGUUCCGCAUCACCGACCUGUCGCGCAUGCUGUACGAUGAAACCAUUACGCCUGCUGAUGUGAUCCGCACAUGGAGCGGCAAGGUGGAGACUCCCGACGAGGAGGACCAGGAAGGCGAAGAGGACGAUACCUUUUUCCGAAAGACCAACGUUGAGCUGGAAGAGGCAUUGGAGUACCGUGCCGUCCCGGAAUACGACUACGAGAAGCUGGAAGAGAAGUGGCAAGACGAGGAGAUGAUCGAGUCUCUGCGGUCCCGCUUCUCCACUGCCAAACUUUCUGGCGAUGGCGAUGGCUCGGACGAUGACUUUGAUGAGGAUGAUGAGGAUGAUGAGGGCGAUGGAGAGUUCGAAGAUCUGGAGACCGGCGAGGAGUUCCACGGUCUGUCUGAUGAAGAAGAUGCCGAGGGUGAAACCCGGGAGGACGGCCCUGUGGACUUGGAUGCAGAGCGAGAACGCAAUGCGAAAAAGAAAGAGGAGUUGCGGCUACGAUUCGAGGAAGAGGACCGUGAAGGGUUCGGCAACUCCAAGGACAAUUCACGAGGGGCCGGUGGUACGGGCGAGGAAGAGUUCGGCGAGGAUGACUGGUACGAUGCACAGAAGGCCAAGAUGCAAAAGCAGAUCGACGUGAACCGCGCCGAAUUCGACCUGCUCGACCCGGCUGCGCGGGCUCGCGCGGAGGGCUUCAAGGCGGGAACCUAUGCGCGCAUUGUGCUUGAGAACGUGCCCUGCGAGUUCUCCACCAAGUUCAACCCCCGUUAUCCGGUGAUCGUGGGUGGACUGGCACCGACGGAGGACCGGUUCGGCUACGUGCAGAUCCGCAUCAAGAGACAUCGUUGGCACAAGAAGAUCCUCAAGAGCAACGACCCUCUCAUCUUCUCGCUUGGCUGGCGCCGCUUCCAGACGUUGCCGAUGUACAGCACCUCGGACAGUCGGACGCGUAACCGCAUGCUCAAGUACACGCCCGAACACAUGCAUUGCUUUGCCACGUUCUACGGGCCUCUGGUGGCGCCCAACACCGGUUUCUGCUGCAUGCAGUCCUUCUCCAACAAAGCCCCCGGGUUCCGCAUUGCCGCCACCGGUGUGGUGCUGAGCGUCGACGAGCACACGGAGAUCGUGAAGAAGCUCAAGCUCACCGGUCAUGCGUACAAGAUCUUCCGCAACACGGCCUUCAUCAAGGACAUGUUCAACUCGUCGCUCGAAAUCGCCAAGUUCGAAGGCGCAUCGAUCCGGACCGUGUCCGGCAUCCGGGGUCAGAUCAAGCGUGCGCUCAGCAAGCCGGAGGGAUGCUUCCGUGCCACCUUCGAGGACAAGAUCCUCAUGAGCGACAUUGUCUUCCUCCGAGCCUGGUACCCGAUCAAGCCCCACCGCUUCUACAACCCCGUGACGAACCUGCUGGAUCUGAACGAGGAGACGCCCGGCGACAACGGCUGGCAGGCGAUGCGCCUGACGGGCGAGGUGCGUCGCGAGAAGGGCAUCCCCACGCCCUUGCUCAAGGAAUCGAAGUACCGCCCGAUCGAGCGCCAGGAGCGCCACUUCAACCCGCUCCGCGUGCCCCGCAAGCUGGCGGCGGAGCUUCCCUUCAAGUCGCAGAUCACCAAGAUGCGCGGCCGCAAGGACAAGACGUACAUGCAGAAGCGGGCGGUGGUGCUGGGCGGCGAGGAGAAGAAGGCGCGGGACCUCAUGCAGAAGCUCAACACGCUGCGCAAUGAUAAGCAGGCCAAGCGCGCGGUCAAGCAGGAGGAGCGCCGCAAGGUGUACCGGGCCAAGGUCGCGGAGGGGCUGGAGAAGAAGGCCGAGCGCGAGAAGAGGGAGCGCGACGACUACUGGCGCCGCGAAGGUAAGAAGCGCAAGAACACCGACAGCGAAGGGGGAGGGGGCAAGAAGCGCCGGUGAAGCAGGGCCGUUGUUGCUUUUUGGGAUUGUUAAAAGUUACUGUGAAUAAUGUCGAUGUGUAUCUACCUACAUGUUGCAUGGUGGCGGGCGUUGAAUCCUACCUGGC